AUGACUUCUCGGGAUCAGCUGGUGCAGCAGGUGCUGCGGGAUCUGCAGGAGGCAGUGGAGUCCGAGGGCCUGCAAAGUCUCACCAGUGCCGCCGUGGAGGCCAAGCAGGUCCUGUCUUCCUUCACCCUCCCCAUCUGCCAGAAGGGUGGCCCUGGGCCCCAGGUGCUGGAGGUGGACUCUGUGGCCCUGAGUCUGUACCCAGAGGAUGCCCCUCGGAACAUGCUGCCCCUGGUGUGCAAGGGCGAGGGUAGUCUGCUGUUUGAAGCAGCCAGCAUGCUGUUGUGGGGGCACACCGGCCUCAGCUUGGAGCUGCGGGCCCGCACUGUGGUAGAGAUGCUGUUGCACAGGCACUAUUAUCUCCAGGGCAUGAUCGACUCCAAGGUGAUGCUGCAGGCUGUACGCUACUCCCUGUGCUCCGAGGAGUCCCCCGAGAUGACCAGCCUGUCUUCCGCCACGCUGGAGGCCAUCUUUGAUGCAGAUGUCAAGGCUACGUGCUUCCCUACCAGCUUCUCCAACGUGUGGCACUUGUACGCCCUGGCCUCCAUCCUUCAGCGCAAUAUCUACUCCAUCUACCCUAUGCGCAACGUCAAGAUCCGACCCUAUUUUAACCGCGUUAUCAGGCCUCGCCGCUGCACCCAUGCGACCUCCAUGUUGCACAUCAUGUGGGCUGGCCAGCCCCUCACUAACCACCUCUUCCGCCCCCAGUAUUUUGCCCCCGUGGUUGGGUUGGAAGAGGUGGAGGCUGAUGGUACUGCUACCCUGAACCCCACUCCUCCGGUCCUGGGUUCUCUGCGACCACCAGCCGAAACCCUGGAGCUGCUCAACCGGGAGCCUGGCCUCAGCUACUCCCACCUCUGUGACCGCUCCGGCAUCACCAAGAGCACCUUCUACCGCUGGCGGCGGCAGACCCAGGAGCACCGGCAGAAGGUGGCCACCCGCUUCUCUGCCAAGCACUUCCUGCAGGACAGCUUCUACCGUGGGGGCCUUGUGCCACUGCAACAGUUCCUGCAGAGAUUCCCUGAGAUCUCCCGUUCUACCUACUAUGCCUGGAAGCAUGAGCUGCUGGGCUCUGGUGCCGAUUCAGCCUUGGUCCCGGCUGCUCCACCCGGGGAGGCACUGGCUGGGCCCGAGCUGGAGAGCCUGCCAGGGAAGAAGGCUGCUGAGGGACUGGGGCGCUCCUCCCUGGCGGCGGGGGUGUCAAGCCCUAGCGUGCUCUUCAUGCAGCGCGCCAAGUCGUACCUGGAACACUGCAUCUCUCUGAACAAACUGGUACCCUAUCGCUGCUUCAAAUGCAGGUUCCCUGGCAUCUCGAGGUCCACCUACUACAACUGGAGGCGGAAGGCCCUCAGGAGGAGCCCCAGUUUCAAGCUGGCCCCAGCCCUUGCAACCGCUGAGUCUCUACCCCCAACAGAUGUUGGGGACAGGGCCCUGCUCCCUUUGAAGGAUGAGGUGGGAGAAGAGGGGACAGGGAAAGCAGGAGGUGGAGGCCCUCCUGUUUCCCAGGGGCUCGUUUCCACAAGGAUGCCCCUGUCUCGUUGGCAGAGGCGACUACGCAGGGCCGCCCGCAAGCAGGUGCUGAGCGGGCACCUGCCUUUCUGUCGCUUCCGCCUCCGCUACCCUAGCUUGUCACCCUCCACUUUUUGGGUAUGGAAAAGUCUUUCCCGGGGAUGGCCCAGGGUGCAGGCCUCCUCUUUGGGCCAAAGGAGCCAGGAGCCAGAUGAAGGGCAGGGGUCAAAUGAAUGGCAGGAGAUGGAAGCUGUUGAGAAUGUAUCAAAUGAGUGGCCGGAGAUGGAAGCCGUUAAGAAGGUAACAUCUGCCGUGGUUCCUCAGGUGGAGACCCUGCCAGAAAACACUCCAGAAGAUGCCCAGGGAGGGCCUUCUCGAGAAGGGGUCAUUCAGGAGACACCUAUGACCCAGGGCCAACCCCACAGUGGAUUCCUGUCAAGCCAGACUGUGGCAGCGGCAGCAGGUGGCAGGGAUGGCCAGGUGCUGGUGAUGGACAUGCUUACCACCACCAGGUUCAAGGCCCAAGCCAAGCUGUUCCUACAGAAGCGCUUCCAAUCCAAGACUUUCCCCUCCUACAAGGAGUUCCAAGCUCUCUUCCCCCUCACUGCCCGCUCCACCUACUACAUGUGGAAGCGGGCGCUCUUUGAAGGCCUCACGCUGGUUGAUGGCUGA